AUGUCACCUGGACAGGGAUGUCAGCGCGCGGCAGCGCUCGCCGGGCACCCGCGGCUCCUGGUCCCCGCCCCCUCGGUGGCGACUCACUCUUCCCUUCUUCGGCUCCGAAUCAGACGCGGCCGCCGCCAUCCGGCGAGCUGCCGGUUCCUAGGAGCAGCCACCAGUCUCCCUGUCCCCAGCGCCGGGACUGGAGGGGCGCACAGCGGCCAUCGACCUGGAGGCGCUCGAGGAGGCAUGAACAGUCCGAGCGCGGUUCUGGGUCCUGAGCAGCGCACGUCGGCGGGGGCGGCGCCGCUGGGGCCUGCGCAGGUGGUCACCGCCGGCCUGCUGACCCUGCUCAUCAUCUGGACACUGCUGGGCAACGUGCUGGUGUGUGCGGCCAUCGUGCGCAGCCGCCCCCUGCGCACCAAGAUGACCAAUGUCUUCAUCGUGUCUCUGGCCGUGUCCGACCUCUUCGUGGCGCUGCUGGUCAUGCCUUGGAAGGCGGUCGCGGAGGUGGUCGGCUACUGGCCCUUUGGGGCGUUCUGCGACGUCUGGGUGGCCUUCGACAUCAUGUGCUCCACCGCCUCGAUCCUGAACCUGUGCGUCAUCAGCGUGGACCGCCACUGGGCCAUCUCCAGGCCCUUCCGCUACGAGCGCAAGAUGACCCAGCGCGUCGCCUUGGUCAUGGUCGGCCUGGCCUGGACCUUGUCCAUUCUCAUCUCCUUCAUUCCAGUCCAGCUCAACUGGCACAGGGAUAAGGCAGGUUCCUGGGGCGGGAGGGUCCUGCCGGACAGCCUGGCCAACGGGACGCCCUGGGAGGGGGCUGGGGAGCCGGCCGUGAGGGCGGAGAACUGCGAUUCCAGCCUGAACCGGGCCUACGCCAUCUCCUCGUCGCUGGUCAGCUUCUACAUCCCUGUGGCGAUCAUGAUCGUGACCUACACCCGCAUCUACCGCAUCGCGCAGGUGCAGAUCCGCAGGAUUUCCUCCCUGGAGCGGGCCGUGGAGCAUGCGCAGAGCUGCCGGGGUCGCUGGGCCUGCGCGCCAGACCCCAGCCUGCGAGCGUCCAUCAAGAAGGAGACCAAGGUCCUCAAGACCCUGUCGGUGAUCAUGGGGGUCUUUGUGUGCUGCUGGCUGCCCUUCUUCGUCCUUAACUGCACGGUCCCGUUCUGCAGCGGACACCCCGAGGGCCCCCGUUCCGGCUUCCCCUGCGUCAGCGAGACCACCUUCGACGUCUUCGUCUGGUUCGGGUGGGCCAACUCCUCCCUCAACCCCAUCAUCUAUGCCUUCAACGCCGACUUCCGGAAGGUGUUUGCCCAGCUGCUGGGAUGCGGCCCCCUCUGCUCCCGCACCCGGGUGGAGACGGUGAACAUCAGCAACGAGCUCAUCUCCUACAACCAAGACACAGUCUUCCACCAGGAAAUCGCAGCCGCCUACAUCCACAGCAUCCCCAAUGCGGUGAUGCCCCGGGAAAGGGAGGCGGGCCGCGACGAGGAAGAGGAAGGUCCUUUCGAUGGAAUGUCCCAGAUCUCUCAGACAUCUCCAGAUGGCGACCUUGCUGCCGAGUCUGUCUGGGAACUGGACUGCGAGGGGGAGAUUUCAUUAGGCAAAAUAACGUCUUUUACCCCAAAUGGAUUCCAUUAAACCACAUAAGGAAACGCCCCCAUGGAUCUACAGAACAGCACAGACAUCUACAUGCAUGCACGCACACACAGGCACACACAUGUCCAGAGCUGCUCAGCGUAUCAGGUGUUUCUGUGUCUCUGUGUAGGAACCGGUGUGCUCAGAAACCUCAUCCCACUGACUGGCAGUUGAAAGAACUGGCAGAGGCAUUUGGAAUAAUCUCAGUCAAAUAUAUCCCAGCCUAGCAGAGAUGGACCGGUGGUCCUAUUUGAAAAGAGAGAGUGAUGCUGGGUUCUUUUUUAAAAGUGAUGCUUGCUCCUUAGAAAUAUACAAUCCCCUCUUCUUAUAGACAAAAGAUGUGUCUAGUGACUUGUGUUUGAGUUGCUUUUUAGACAGCAGGUUCAGUGUGUUUGUGUGGCCAUGGGGCGGGGGCACAUAGCUUUCCUGUGUCCUGUGGCUCUGUGUAUGUGUGGUUUCUUCCUUCUGUCCGGGUGGCUGUCUUUACCAUACUUAAGGAAGUCUUCAUGAUUUGUUCUGGUGUCCAAUAAACACAGAAUAUGUGUCUCAUGGGGUGAUUAUCUUUGCUUUGCCAGAUUAGUUUUCAGAAUUGCUUCUGGAGGGACAUGGAAGAUUUUUGCUGGGUCUCGAAACAUGUUUAUUUUCUGCAUGCACGGUUUGGCCCUAA